AUGAAAAUGACUAGCAUCGGUGCUAGCAACUCAAUUCUGAAAACGCUGAGGCUGAAGAAUCCUAAGCUUGUGUUAUUGGAGCAAUGUUCCAAUGUUUGGGACCUCAAGAUUAUCCAUGCACAUAUGUUAAGAACCUAUGUGUUCUUCGACGUGUUUGCGGCCAGUCGCAUUGUUGCUUUCUGCGUAGACUCAACUAACUUACUUGAUUACGCCACCGGGGUCUUAUCCCAAAUAGAGAAUCCCAACCUCUUCAUCUACAACGCGCUGAUACGAGGUUGUUCCAACAGUGAAAACCCAGAAAAUUCAUUUCACUAUUACAACCAAGCGCAACGCAUUGGUCUCUUGCCUGAUAAUAUCACUCACCCUUUUUUGGUUAAGGCAUGUGCUCAGCUUGAGUCUGCAGCUAUGGGCAUACAAGCUCAUUGUCAAAUCAUUAAGCAUGGGUUUGAACAAGAUUGUUAUGCCCGAAACUCUCUUGUUCAUAUGUAUGCUACUGUUGGGGAUAUGAAGGCUGCAAGGUGCAUUUUUCAGAGGAUUUAUGGGUUUGAUGUUGUCUCCUGGACUUGCAUGAUUGCGGGUUAUCAUAAAUGUGGGGAUGUUGAAUCUGCGCGCCAACUGUUUGAAAUUAUGCCGGAGAAGAAUUUGGUGACUUGGAGCACGAUGAUUAGCGGUUAUGCCCGGAACAAUCGUUUUGAUAAAGCGGUUGAUCUGUUUCGCGUUUUCCAGGCAGAAGGGAUGGUGGCUAAUGAAGCUGUCAUGGUGGGUGUGAUAUCCUCUUGUGCUCAUUUGGGGGCUCUUGCUAUGGGGGAGAAAGCUCAUGAGUAUGUGAUGAGAAAUAACUUGACUUUGAAUCUGAUUCUUGGGACAGCUGUUGUUGACAUGUAUGCAAGAUGUGGGAAUGUUGAGAAAGCUAUUCAGGUUUUUGAGCAACUGCCAGAAAAGGAUGCACUUUGUUGGACAGCUUUGAUUGCUGGACUAGCCAUGCACGGAUAUGCAGAGAAAGCACUUGAGUGUUUUUCAGAAAUGAUGAAAACAGGGCUAGUUCCUAGAGACAUUACAUUUACUGCAGUGUUGACAGCUUGCAGCCAUGGAGGACUGGUUGAAAGGGGUAUGGAAAUAUUUGAAAGCAUGAAAAGAGAUCAUGGGGUAGAACCAAGAUUGGAGCAUUAUGGAUGUGUGGUUGACCUACUUGGCCGUGCAGGGAAACUUGCUGAGGCAGAGAAAUUUGUUCUUGAAAUGCCUGUGAAGCCAAAUGCUCCAAUAUGGGGAGCACUGCUAGGAGCUUGCAGGAUUCACAGAAAUGUUGAAGUUGGGGAAAGGGUGGGAAAGAUUUUGAUCCAUAUGCGACCAGAACAUAGUGGUUAUUAUGUUCUGCUCUCUAAUAUAUAUGCUCGCACAAACAAGUGGAAAGAUGUUACUAUUAUGAGACGAAUGAUGAAGGAAAAAGGAGUUAGAAAGCCACCUGGGUAUAGUCUCAUUGAGAUAGAUGGAAAAAUUUAUGAAUUUACUAUUGGAGAUAAAUCACACCCAGAAAUAGAGAAAAUAGAAAGAAUGUGGGAAGAUAUACUCCAAAAAAUAAAAUUAGCAGGAUAUAUUGGAAAUACAGCUGAAGCAUUGUUUGACAUUGAUGAAGAGGAAAAGGAAGAUGCACUUCACAGGCAUAGUGAGAAGCUGGCCAUUGCAUAUGGAAUUAUGAAGGUUCGAGCCCCCACACCUAUUCGGAUUGUGAAAAACUUGCGUGUCUGUGAAGAUUGUCACACAGCUACGAAGCUGGUUUCAAAGGUUUUCAAAGUAGAGUUGAUUGUGAGAGAUAGGAACCGAUUCCAUCAUUUUAAAGAAGGCACGUGUUCUUGUAUGGAUUACUGGUAAAGUGGUACGUAACUUUUUAUGGGGUUCAGGGUUUUGGAGGUACAUGAAAAUUAGUGAUGCCCUAGACAAGUU